GUCCCUUACAUUGGGGGUCAGUGGGAAGAAUGUCCCUUACAUUGGAGGUCAGUGGGAAGAAUGUCCCUUACAUUGGGGGUAAGUGGGAAGAAUGCCCCUUACAUUGGUGAUCAGUGGGAAGAAUGCCCCUUACAUUGGGGGUCAGUGGGAAGAAUGUCCCUUACAUUGGAGGUCAGCGGGAAGAAUGUCCCUUACAUUGGGGGUCAGUGGGAAGAAUGUCCCUUACAUUGGGGGUCAGUGGGAAGAAUGUCCCUUACAUUGGGGGUCAGUGGGAAGAAUGUCCCUUACAUUGGGGGUCAGUGGGAAGAAUGUCCCUUACAUUGGAUGUCAGUGGGAAGAAUGUCCCUUACAUUGGGGGUCAGUGGGAAGAAUGUCCCUUACAUUGGUGAAUCAGUGGGAAGAAUGUCCCUUACAUUGGGGGUCAGUGGGAAGAAUGUCCCUUACAUUGGGGGUCAGUGGGAAGAAUGUCCCUUACAUUGGUGAUCAGUGGGAAGAAUGUCCCUUACAUUGGUGAUCAGUGGGAAGAAUGUCCCUUACAUCAGUGGGGGUCAGUGGGAAGAAUGUCCCUUACAUUGGGGGUCAGUGGGAAGAAUGUCCCUUACA